GCUUUCAGGCAUUACGCGCUUGAUCAUCAAAGGAACUGGAUUCUCUCGUCUCGGCGACGGCAUGUCGGCGCUUUAAUUUCGUCCUUCCAUGGGGCGAGUACCAUGUUCCUCUGACCGACGACGACGACGCUCGCAUUAUCCGGAAAGCUAAAGGAAACGAAGGAAUCAUGGCGUUCUACGACGUGGGAACGGGCGACCUCAAGGAGUUGUGGGAGUCCUACAUGACCGAGCCGAUGCUCGGUCAGGAUAUCUUGCUGUGCACCAAAGAGGAGGAAUGGGGCAACGCCUUGAGCUUCAGGCACAAUGUGAUUUUGCGAGACCGCCUGAUGACGGACGCGGCACUCGGUGGACCGCGGCCGAUAAAAUCCGAGCACAGCUACAGCCUUCUGGCGCCCAGCCCGCCGCCGAGCCCGGCGACGCCCGGGGCCAUAAAUCCCCAUACGCCCAAUUCGGGUUCCGGCGCGGUCGGCUCCACCACCGUGAUCACCAGUUCCUCCAUCGAUUUCGCAAACCUGGACCACAAGUCUCUCGAUAUCCGCGACAGGAUGGACGAUAUGGAAGAGGAAUGUUUUCCGGCCAUUUCGAUAAGCAACACUUCGAACCGCGUCGAAUCGUCGUCGUCGCCGUCGCUGACGUCGUCAUCUACCUCGAGUAUAAUCCUCAAGAGAGACUUAGUACCUGAAGAUAACGAGUGUCCUGGGAUCAAGGGCGAGCCUAUCAGCGCGCCGGCGAGUCCCUGCGCGCCCUGUCAGCCGAAUUGCGAUAUGGUGGACGAUAAGAGCACGAUAACAAUGGUGUCGCCGCAGAGCCUUCACUUCGCCACCAAAACCCAUCUCUCGCACACGAGUGACAGCGAGGAGGAUGACGAGGAGUACUAUCAUCAGAAUAUGGAGAUUGAGGAGUACGGCGUGGUCUGCGUGGGGAAGGAAGCGACCUUGCACGCGUCGAGGCAGGGAUUGCCGCCGACGCCGCCCAGUAGCGCGAGCUCCGACAGCGAGGGUACCGCUUCCGCUUCCUGCUCGCCGGAACGCCGGGAUUCUCAGACCUGUACGCAGAAUCUCAGGGGCUUACUGACACCGAGGCUUUACGUCACCAACGGCACCCACACCACCAGGCAGCCCAUUCAUACGCCUCUGAUUUCCUCCCAGCCGAAAGGAUCCACGGGAGUGUUAACAUUGACGGACGAGGAGAAGAGGACCUUGAUAGCCGAGGGAUAUCCCGUGCCCACGAAGCUGCCUCUGACAAAGCAAGAGGAGAAAUCUCUGAAGAAAAUACGGAGGAAAAUUAAGAACAAGAUAUCGGCCCAAGAGUCGCGAAGAAAGAAGAAGGAGUACAUGGACAAUUUGGAGAGGCGGUGCAACCUGUUGCAGAAGGAGAACUCCUCGUACAGAGACAGGGUGAAUUAUCUGGAGGACGCGAAUCGCGAGCUGAAGAAGGAGUUGCAACGUCUCGAGACCUUGCUGCAGCUACAAUAGAUUUAUUUGUACUUCUAGCUAAGAGUAGCCUGAAUUUACCUUGGCGUCGUCAAAUUUUUAUUUUUAAAAAGACUUAACACGUGCUAAUCGCUCUCCUCAGAAAUGAUAAUUUAAUCCGACGGACGUUGCGCGCGACGUUCGCGAUUAACGAACAUGGCGAGAAACAAUUUAAUAUUGUUACGGAGAUAGAAAAAAAUUGUAAAGUCUUAAGAAAGAUUUUAGACUCCCCCACACAUUUACGGUUGAUAUAGAUUUACCUGUACCUCGUUAAAUUGCUCUUCCAUAAUAGCAACUUCAGUUUCUUACAAUUGUUAUGAGAUGAAGAGAAAAAUAGUGUGUUUAUCGUUAAGUUGCAGAUUGGAGUUAAAAAAGAGAUAUAUAUUUUUAGGGACUAGUGCAAUUUCUUUAUACAUUCCUAGAAUGUCUUCCUCAUACACACGAGACGCAACGAAGUAUCUUGCAGCGAUUAAAUUUAUUUACGUGAGACAUUCCAAAUGCUGCGAAUCGCUUCUGUUCUUUCGAUGAAGAUUUUACGCCAAUAUAAUAGUAUAUAAGUCACGAUAUAUGUUUUUCGCUAAAUCAGCGUAUAUUCUCGCCGGGAGUGCCUUUGCGGAUUUGUUUCCAUAUCUCUUCCAGCAUUGCAUUGCCGGACGACAUAUACAGGCUAACUUAUUUCGCAUUAUGCAUUUAGCGUGAGCUUUUUUUUUAAUCUGAAUAAAACAGAAAUAUUUGGGGAAAUUCGGAUCUCCCAUUCGCGAUAACUUGCGUGUUGCAAUUAUCGACUAUUGCCAAACUCGACUGCAACGAGGAGUUACAAAAAGAAAGUUCCGGUGUAAACGGCCUUUCGAUUAUUCCCUGUAUUUGUGCUCCAAAAAAAAAACGGUGAUGACGUUUUAAAUCGUUUCGGGACCCGAAAGAAGUAUACUCUUGGGAUCCACAAUAGCGUUAUACAGAUUGCGUGUGUCGGUGCGCAAUCCACUUUGACGUAGUUUCGUCAAUGGAUUCGCCUAUAUAGUAUAUAUAAAUAUAUACAAAUGAAAGUAUAAUAACAUAUGAUAUAUUUUAUAGGUAAGAGAAAAAAAAGGAUGAAAGUACGAUUAUUAUUGUGUAGGAAAAGUGUGACGUGAAAGUAAAAAUAUAUUCGAUGCAAUCGA